AUGGCGUCCGACACUUCAAAUAUGCCCACUAUCCGCCCGGACGUGUCCAUGCUCUUCCAGUCCAUCGAGCAAGCCUUCACCACCACCAGCCUUGGCGAUCAUCGUUGGUACCUCCUAACGCUCGCUGCGCUCGUUGGCGGCACAGAGCCUCUACUCGCAGACCAGCUCUACCUUUACAUCAUCAACAAGUCCAACAAUCGGGACAGCUACCAGCGACAGAAGGUGGUCCGCAGCCUCCGCGAAGCCCUGGUCAAGCUUGUUUCCAUCAUCGGUGUUUGCAAACCUCUUGAAGCCAUCCUCGCCAUAGCCAAAGUGGAACGUCCUGAAGACCGCGACUAUAGCUUCUCACGCGAAGAAUGGGCCAACGAUAGUGAGAACCAUGAACGUGGAAUGAGUUGGUUGAGGCAAAUCUACACGCACAACACGGACAGCACGCUCUCCUUGUUUGACGCGCACAAGGACUUUCGUUGGAUCAGCACUGAGAUCACAUAUGGGCUGUACCUGAGCGAUCGGCAGAACCUAGACGACAUUGAUACUGAGGUGGUUGUAUUGGUGGGGAUCAUGAUUCAGAACUUGCCGCUCGAGACAGCAUGGCAUAUUCGCGGGUCCAGGCGGAUUGGUAUUAGCCUAGAGGAUGUGAAGACUAUGAUGGAUUGUGUCAGAAAAGUUGGCGAGUUCAUGGGAACGAAGUUGGACAGAAUCCCGAGCGCGGACAACAUCGAGAAGGAAGUGUGA